GCUGAUCUAGUGCGACGUAAAUGAACUACAGCAACAACAACCCAAAAGUUCAAUUGAUUUUGGAUUCUUACAUUUUGUCAAAUGAAACUUUGCAAAAUAUGAAAGAGCUUAUUAAAAUUGCCAUGGACAAUGGAUUGGCGGACUCUGAGCAAGAAUCAAUUUUAAAAAUGACCGAGACAUACCUCACAAAAAGAUAUUUCCCUCUAAAUGGAGAUUUCUUAUCGAUUUGUGCACAUGACAGAUACUUUUCUCUAACCCUGCUUAAAUUUAAACCUGAAACGUCUCCUGAAAUAUUCAAGAAAAGUUAUAUGAUUGACCCUCAGGUAUUCGAGCAACCUCAGGCAAAGAUUUUUAAGAGAUUUUCGAAAUACAUAGCUGAAUUCUUUGAUGAGUUUGAUUUGCAUAAUUGCUGUAUUCCUACAGGAUUUUGUUCCGAUAUUUUUAUGCAACAAUACAGCUUAGAUACAGCAGUUAUUCCUUAUUUUUCAAAGAAAACCGACAGUUUGCCGAAUAAUAAGGAUAUCAAGAGUUAUUUUGAAGAAAUAGUUGAAAACAUUAAUUACGAGAAUAUCUUACAGUUAUCAUCAGAUGGUGGAAUUGAUUUUGCAACGAUAAAAGGAUCAACUGAUGUUAAAUUUGAUGCUCAAGUCAUAGGAAUUCAAAAUGUUUUGGGCGAAGACUUUACUUUUAAAUCAUGUUAUAACAUUUUAAAGACUUUAAAUGAGACUCACGAACAAGCUCAAGAUGUUGAGUUGGACAUUUCUUUGUUUGGCGUCAAGAUCAAAGAAAAAGGCUUAAAUUAUGUUAUGUACUCUCAUGCUUUGCAUAAAAUUUCAUUUAUUGCACAAAGUCAGGAGGAUUCUCAUGUAUUUGGAUAUCUGUAUGGAAAUUAUGUAGACGGAUAUCAGUUUUUUGGAUUUAAGACUAUCUACGAGUCAAUGCAGGUGAUUUUUUGUAUGAAAAACGUGUUUAAGGAAGUUAUUCUCAAGAAGAAAGAAGAAGAGCUAAAAGUUAAGGCAUCUCAAAUUUUUUUAACUUUGACUAACUUGUCAGAAAUAGCAUAUGAGCUUAAGGUAAGGGAAAGAGAGAUUCCCGACGUCUUGAGAAAUAGAUUCAAACUCGUCCAAGAUAUACGAUGGUGGAUUGAAGGAUGCAAAGAAGAUGUUAAACACGACUUAUUUCAAAGUGAUGAGUCUCCUUUAAAUGUGAAAAUACAAGAUUUAUAUUCUGUUGCUAUUGAAUUAAAAUUAGUUGAAAUUAAGCGAGAAGAAAUAAGAAAGAAGGAAGAAGCUAAAAGAAAAAAACGGCAUUUGAGAAAGAAAAAGGCACCAACACACGCCCCUCUAAAAAAAGAUGUUCGCUCUCAACCAGAUCCUAGUCAAAUCGAAGCUUCUAAGCUUAUUAAGAGUCAUUUGGAGUUUUUAAGAAGCUUUUCGGAAGAAGAAAAUAGUUUUCUUAAAAGACUAAUGGAAAUGCCCACGAAUUUUGAGAAUGAUAAUGCGGAUAAAGUGGCUGAUCUUUUGAGGAACUUGCAUGUUUUUUGCGAGGAUAUGCUUAAAGCGAAAAAUUCUGAAAUAACAGAUUUGAACCAGAUAUUAGAAAACUUAAUAUCGAAAGAAAAUUAUGAAAGAAGUCAUGUAAAAUCUGAAGGAACUGUUUUGUCGGAAGAAGGAAGAGUAUUUCUCAAAGCUGUGAAAAUGAAACACAGUGAAAGAAUAUUUCAAGAAAGUUCCGUUUCUCCAACUGUUUCCGAAAAUAUAUCUGAGACGUUGCAAAGAACCAGAGUAUGUAGAGAGCAGAUCAAAUCCUCUCUUAAAAUGAGGCAAGAAGAAGCCGAAGAAUUGAACUAUUUUAUCAGCAGUCUCCAUAACAUUAAAAGUACUAUUCAGCUCGAGGAAAGCGAAGCUUUACAGCUUUCUCGAAAACUUCUCGUGAAAGGUUUGAAAAUGAAACUUAGUGAAAUUGAACAAGUGAAGGAAGAAAUUAGGAAAAUAAAUGAAAUAGAGAAAAGUAUCCUUUAUGCUGUGCCUGAUGCCUUGAAACAAUGCAUUAAUGUUAAUGCUUCAAUCAUUGAGUUUUGCAAGAUAACUGUGGAAAAUUUGCUCCAAAUAAAGUCAAAACUUCUUGACUUUACAGUGAUACCAUCCGCUGAUUUGUACAGAACACUUCAUGAAGAACUAAAAAAUGUUGUUUUAAAUGGAAUAGAUGCCAUUGAAAGUGAAAUACGCAAGUUAGAGGAUGUAGAGGAAAUUGAUGUGAAUAAUUUCUGCUAUGCGCUGUACAAAGAAGGAAUUAAAAGGGCUUUAAAUGAGUUAGAUGAAUUAAUGGAUGAUUUGGAUACUCUUGAAGAUAGUAAAGAAGAUGGCGGGGAUACGGUAAAAGCUCUGCAAAUUUAUUGCAAAGACAUAUAUCUAACAAGUUUAGUUAUGCGAGAAAAAGAAAUUAAUAUUUUUGAAAAAGAAUUGAAAAUUAGUCACAAAGUAUAUGGAAUUGAACAUCAAGAAAUAAUAGUAACUCUAAAAGACUUAUUUUUUGCUGCUCUUGAAAUAGAGAAAAGAAAAUAUGAAAAGAUUGUUGCGUAUAAUGAUGAAGUCUUUGAUGAUGGAAAAAAGCUUCCUGUUGUAUUUUCUUUUAAAGAUCUCUUUCAAAAAGUUGCUACAAGUCUUCAUACCGAUCCCAUCCGUAAGGUCAUACAAGUGCAUUCAUCGCUGAAAGAAUUUUUGUGUGAAGCAUUUAAAAUAAAACAAAAGGAAUUUGAAGUGCCACUUUUUCUAUUGAAAAAAAGCUUGGAAAAAGUAAUUUCGACAUUGAUUCAGGAAGUGAAAGAAAGAGAAAUGAAACAAGAAAGGGAGCUUCUUAUCCGCAUUCAGGCACUAAAAAUAUCAAACUCUUGGAAAGAGCUUUUUGUAAUGGCUUCAAACAUUCGUAGAGAAGAACUUAUUGAAGCGCUUCAUAAGAAAGUAGAGGAAAUGAAAGAUGAAUACUCAACAUCAGAAGUUAUAAAUUCUGACAACAGCUUUAAUUUAGAUUACCAAGCACGACAAGUAUUAACAUCAUGGAGAAAAAUAUUCUCUUUUGUUGUAGAAGCUAAGCAAGCAGAACUCAAUAAUAUAGAAAAUUUACUGAAGAAAAAUGACAGUCAUGGUAGAGAUGUAAAAGCAAUGGAAGAUUACGAUAAAAAAGAUGAUGAGAGUUCUGAAGGUGAACCGGAGAGCGGGGAGGAGACUGAUGAAUUAUCGCAACUAAUAAAUGUGUCAUCAACCUGCAAAAAGAUCUAUAAUCUUUCCAUUAGUAAGAAUUCCAGCGAACUUCAGGAUAUAGAAAAGGAAAUGAAACCGCUUUUCAGUUCUGAAUAUGAUGAAGUAAAAACUGAUGAAGAUGAAAAUAAGGUUGUUAAAUCACUGAAUGAAGUAAAAGAUAUCUUAAGAGAAUUUCAUGGAAGCACGAAGGAGCAAAUCUCAAAAAUGUGUGACUAUAUAGAAGUUUUGACUAAAUUUGAAGAAAACAUCGCAGCACAGACUUCGACUGUAAAUAAUAACAUUGGUUCUUUUCUAAAAGAAGCUCUUGAAGAAGAAGAAAAAUCUUUAGCAAAAUUAAAAAAUUUUCUCAUCACAUUGACCGACUUAAUUAAAGAAUUUGGCAGUGGAGUUUCUCAUCAAAUAAAACCUUUAACAGAUCUUUUUAUAAAAGAGAUGAGUUUAGAAGAUCUUGGCUCGUUGUCGGAAAAUGUUGAAAACUUAACUGAGAGGGAUCCAGACGAGACCUCUGAUGUUACUAAGCUCACUAUGGAAGAAAUAAAAAACAUUAUUGCUGAAGUUGAUGCAGAAGAGAAAGAAGAAGAUGGCAAUAAAAAUUAUGACGAAAUGAAGGAGGUUUCUGAAUUUCUUCUCUCAUGCAAAAGUUUUGUUGCUACUGUUGUUAAAAAUAAAAAUGAAUUCAUGGAGAAUAUUCUAAUAGAUUUAGAAAAACUAAAAAUGCCCGAAAAGAAAAAGAAAACUAAAGAAAAAGUGCAAAGAGCUCUGCAGAGUGUUUUGUCUUGUAAAGGUAUCUUUCUUAAAGCAAUUACUUCUGGGGAGUCAGAAAUGAAAUUGGCAUCCGAGAAAAUAAUGACGAAACUAUCAUUUGAGGAACAAGAGAAAAGCACAAUCAAAUAUGAAGCAUCUAAAAUAGCUAAAGAAUACAGAGAACUGUUUCAUGUAUUCAUAGAAAUGAGACAACAACAUUUGUCUUCAAUGAAGGAAGCCUUGUGUUCUUUAGAGAAUAACGAAAAAACAUUGAUGAAUAACCUGAAUUCAGAGCCUGGAUAUCUCGAAAAUUUAAGAUCUGAGGUUACUUCAGUGUGUAAAGAUCUUAUAAUUGGAUCCAUGGAAAUGAAGAUGAGAGAAAUCAAUAACAUUCAGCAACAACUCGUUUCCUUGAAUGAUGUUGAGAUGAAAACAAAGCAGUUUGUUGAUGAGUUAGGUAAAGAGAAUAGAGAGCAAUCCUUUGCUAAAGUGAAGAAGUUGAAUGAUGUUUUUACAACUAUUAAGAAGUUAUGCUCCUUUACCAUUGAGAGAGCUAAAGGAGGAGUUAAAGAUGCGGACGAAGAACUUCAAAUGCUGAAAGGAAUUUUCGAAAGUUCCACACAGGAUUCUUUAAUAAUUUCGACUUGCAUCCAAUUAUUAAAUAUCAACAUCAGAAGAAAGAACGAUGAAAUUGAAGAAUUAAUAGAGAAAUCCCAAAAUGUGAAGAUGUUUGCGGAAAGUUUAAAGAAGGACGAAGUGGAAACAAACAUUGUUGAAAAGAGUGCUGCCAUUAAAGAGGAAGCAAAAGAAGACAUAAAUGCUAAGUCCGAAAUGAAGACCUUAAAGAAGAAUUCUGACAUCAACACAGAUAUAGAAGAGGAAGAUAUAGAUGUAAAAGUAUUUCAAGCAUAUUGUAAAGAUUUAUUCGACAAUACUGUCAAUACUUUAAAAGAAAAAAUUCAAGAAAUGAAAUUGGAUCUUGAAAAAUUGAAAAUAAAAGUAAAAAAAGUUGAAAAGGAGGAUUUUAAAGUCUUUGAGAUUUUUGAAAAAGCCAUCACCUACUCGAUAAAUAUGAGGAAAGAAGAAAUUAAUUCUUUUAAAAGUGCUUUGAAAACAACUGAUUCAAUUCCUGAAAACAGUGAGACAGAAAAUCCUCUUGAAAAUUUAGUUCAACAAGCCAUACUGAAUAGAUAUUCGGAAAAAGAUUCAAUUGAUUUUGAGUUGCUGAAGUUCGUUCGAUAUCAGGAUUCUCGAUUCUCAAAAACAUUACAAGAUCUUCUUUUAACUCUUGCCGAAAAUUCAAAGAAUGAAGCCGAUGAAAUAAAGGAAAAGGUUGCUGAAAACAAGAAGUGCCAGAUUCUUCUUAAUAACAUUUGUCUCAAUGCAAAACUGCGAAUUGAACAAAUAGAAUCUGCUUUGCAGUCUGUUACCGACAUCAAAAUGAAAACUGAACUGGAAGAUAAUCAGCUUAUAAAUUCCUGCAAACUCCUCCUUCAUGAUAGCAUUGUUCUAAGAAAAAAUGAAAUAGCCAUUACGAUACAGGAUUUGGACACAGUUAUGGAAAUAACAGGUUCUGGAAGCGUUUUAAAAUCUCAGAUCAUGAACAUCAUUUCAGUAUAUGAAGUACUUUCAUCCAAAGCUAUACAUGCUAGAAAAAAUGAAAUAGAACUUCUGCAAUGUGAAAUUAUCAAAAAAGAGAAUAUUACGCUCUCUGACACAGUGUCUGUUUGUGAAAAAAAAGCUUUAAAAAUAAUCGAAACUCGAAGAAUUGAAUUGACCACCAACACAAGCGAAAUGGAAAGUAUUUCAUCGCUAGACAGCAAGGAAAUCGAUAUGACUCAGGUUUUAUUGAUGACUGAUCGAUUUAAAAGCUUUUUAAAUGCUGCCAUUGAGACACGCAAUUUAGAAUAUAUCACGAUUGAGCAAGAUAUCCGAACAAUACUUCAAGGAAAUCAAAAUUCAAGAAAGAAACACGAAAUGAAUUUUGGUGCGAUUGAGAAUUCUGGUCAAAGUUUAAAAAGGUCAUUAUGCACAGAGGCUACUAAAAUGUUUGAAAUUUGCAAGAUACGUUUGCUUUCAAUCUUAAGUAGUUUUGAAAAAGAAAUAAAAAAUAUCCAACUAAAUCUUACUGAAGUUGAAAAUUUGGUUUCUGAUACGUCAACUUUCAAAGAAAAGGUGGUACCUAAAAGUGUAAGAGAUAGCAGUGAGUUCACACCAAGACAGUUAGAAUUACUAAAUGAUUUAGAAGAGGACAUAAAUGAACAAGCUACUAUUGAUGAGAAAAAUAUCAAAGUUUGUCAACAGAUUUGUUCUACAAUGAUUGAGAGAAGAGAGAUUGAUAUGCAAAACUUGAGAAAUCUUUUAGAAAAAUUGAAUGCUAUUGAAAAUACAUUUAAUUUAAAGGCAUCUAAAUUGGUUUUAGAUUGGAGAAAGUUUUGCAAAAUAUUUUUAGAAAGACAGACUGAUGAAGAAAAUACCUUUUUAUCUUCGCUUAAGAAAUGGGAAGAAUGUAAUACAGAGGAAUUGAAUAAUCAUUUGCAGGCAUUAAGUGAGAAUUGGUCACUCAUUUGUGAUAUUCUUCAAGAAAACUUCUUACAGUUAUGUAAAAAAUAUGAGGAUGUUAGAAAAGAAGGAUUGGAGUAUAAAUCUCAGUUAUAUGAUGUGAAUAAUGGCUGCAAAAGCAUUUUACAAGAUAGUGUUAGUAUUUUGAAAAAUGACGAAUGUUAUUGUACGGAACAAUUAUUAAAGUUUCGGAACGAAGUAACCUCCUCAAAUUCUGAAAAUUCAGAAGACGAAGAUAAGAUACUAGCCUGUAAAGAUAUCCUGUUAAAAAUUGUUGAACUGAGAAAAAAGAUGCUUCAUCAAAUCAAGUUAGAAAUAAAAUUCUUAAAUGGUGAAGAUUUUAGUUGCAGAAAAGAAUCAAGUGUAAUUCCUUCGUGGUACAAAAUGCUUCAUGCACUUCUUGAUGUGAACAAUUCCUUGCCGCCAAAUCUUGAGUUUGAUCGAAAAAUUGAUAAUGAUGUUGGUGUUUCUAGUUUUCCUGUAAAACUUGAAAAAAAUACAAUAUUUUCAAAAUAUGAAGAUUUGUUAAAAUCAUUAGAUUACAAAAGAGAAAAAAAGUCGGGAAACAGAAUAUCUAGCUGGAAUGAUAUAUUAAUACGAUCAUUUUUAUUACUGCAAAUCCAACGAAAGCCAUGCGAGGAAAAUCAAAACUCUUUUGCCUUUUCAACUACUACAGCUGAUGAUGUAGACGAAGUAUCCAGUUUUAAAAAAUCUUGGGAUGAGCUUCUAAUACUUAUCGCUAAAAUGGAUCGGAAAGAAUCGGAAUGUUCAAUGAUACUUCGAAAAAGAGAAGAGUCACAUUUCCCCCCUACAACUUGGGAGUCAGUUUUCCAAAAAGCCAUUGAUGACUGGAAAAGUCAACUGAAAAUUCGAAUAAAAAUAAGUAAUGAUGAGAAAAAUUUGUUAAAGUGGCGAAGUAAACUGACGCCUAACGAAUGCUCCGACUACAUGAGUGGUCACAGGUAUGAACUCGACAGAUUGUACGAAACUACUAAUUUAUGUGAAUAUUACCAGUUGAACUACCAGAUCUCCUUAAUAGAACUACCAAAAAUAGCUAAAGAACUUUCCCCGAAAAGUUCUCCUACCAAUUCUAAGGAAUCUCCCGCUUCAAAUUGGGAAGAUUUAUUCAGAGCACUAUUAUGUAUUCUAUCUGAUGGUAACUUAUUAGUUAGAAGUCUUAAAAAAGCCGACAUUCACGUUCGUUAUCAAGCUGCUAAAAUUUAUUCUUCUUGGGAAGAGUGUUUCAAAAUUGCUGUGGAUAAGAGACUUUCUGAAGUACAAAAGGAAUUAAAAGAGAGUGAAAUAUUGAAAAGAAUAGCGACAGAUCUAAGUAAAAGAUUUCAACUGACACAUCAGAAAAGAGAUUCUAAAGACACCCCAGAGAGCUAUUCGAGUGCUUCUUGGUCCAAGUCACUACUUAAUAAUUAUGAAGGUCAUAUAAAAAGGCUUACAAGUGCCAUUGAGACCAAAAAGAAUGAAAAGUGCGAAACUUCGCAAGAAGCUGAUGUUUUUCCUGUCGAAACAGAUAAAGAAAUGAAAUUGUUUUUGGAAAUUCAACCGAAGGAACAUAAUCUACUCGGUAAAAAGAUUGUAGUAAAAGCUAUAGAAUUGAAAAAUGAAGAAAUUGAAAUGAUGCAAAAUAAGCUUGAUCAGCUAGAAGAACCAGUAAUUAGUGAUACAAAUUCUGAGAUUCCUAAUUCUCUACUGAUUUGGCAGAAGAUUGUAUCCAUAGCUUUGUGUUCCAGUGAAAAUAAAAGCAUUUUCAAACAUUGGAGAUUGAAGGAAUUCCACCUGAAUUGGGAAGAAUUUCUCAAUGUGGCAAUGGAAAAAAGAAUCUCGUCAUCGAAGCAUAAAAUAGAGUCCUCUUUAGACUUAAAUGUAUUAUAC